UCUUUUCCCGGAAAGAAGGCUGAGCGAUUUCGGACAUCUCUUCGGCAGUCUCUCAACCACAAGCUUGGCGGUAGUACAAGUUCGGUUCCCGUCCGUCCCGUUCGUUCGUUCGUUCGUGUCCGUGUGUGUUCACAGUAGGCGUAGAUCGUACAGAAGAUCGCUUUGGAUCGCCGCGGCAACGCUUGCCUUGAUUCGAAUGCUUGCAGGGGUGAUUCACGGGACAUUUUUUUUCGGGGCCGAAAUCUGGACCGAAAUAGUUAAUAAUUUAAACGAUUGAUUAGUAGUAGCAAUGACUCGUUAGUAUCAUUUUUCGAGAGAUGCCCAUCUCCGCGUAAUUGGCACUAAUUGGUUUGAUUGGGGAACCGGCGCUACGACAAAAUUGGGCGCGAUCUUACGCGUCGCAGAGGGAAACAGUUUUACCGACGGCAAAUGGCCAUACGUCUCAGUGCGCGAUGCGCGUGAUCAAGUUUAAACGAUAAAGUGCGUGCAGGGUUGCUACGAUAAAGUUGUGUUUUUAAAAGAAAAACGAAUUGCAUUUUUCUCUUCAACUGUGUACUAAGUGUGUUUACGACGGUGAAGUGAAGAAAAGAUUGAAGCAAAUAAAUUGUGUGAAUUGGUAAUGAAUGUCAUUGCGUGUGGAACGAAGAAGGGAGGCUUGUGACCUCAUACCACUGGGAUGAGCCUUUAAAAGCAAGUAUAAGAAAAAAGUACGAAGAGGAUUUCUUUUCUUAGAAAUGAAUGGAUAUAUUACCUGAUCGUACGGUCCCGUACGUCGUUGCCUUGAAAUAUUUACGACUGGUCUCGGUAGGAGCACCGUAAGGACGAAAGAAAACCGAAGAAAAUCCUACGAAAAAAAAAACAUGAAGAUGAAUAAGUGAAAACGCAAAUCAGAAUUUCGGUGCCUUGAAUGUUUUGAAUUUUGAGUGUACAAAUCAAGUGUGCGGAGCAAUGCCAGAGAAGGAAACAUUUCACGAGCAUAUGCAGGUGCACCCGUUUCAUCAUCCGGGUCAUCCGUUGGCCGCGGCGGCCCAUCACCACCCGGGGUUGGCUGCUGCGGCGGCAUCCCACGGCCUAGCAGCGGCAGCCGCGGCCGCUAACGGGGUCAAUCCGGCUGCCGGCGGCGGCUACGGCCCACUGCAGAUCCCGUCGGCUUUCGUGGCAUUUCAUUCGCAGCUGCCCUCGAUGGACCAGCGGGCCCAUGAUGGCCGCUACGGACUCUGGGAUCCCACUGGGCCCCCUCCAUAUCAUCAUUCGGCGUCUCACGGAUUGGCCAACAAUGCAAAUUUCGCCGAGUUGCAAUUUUUAAGCGCCCGCCGAGCGGCCGUCGCAGCGGCAGUGGCCAACGCAGAGGCAGCCGCCGCUGCCGCCGGUAGUACAGUACUGCCCAUCGUCCCGCCACCGCCACCAUCACAUCACCCUCAUCGCUCGGUCUCGCCUCCGGCCACGUCCUCAGAGCAGCAGCAACAGCAACAAGAGCGAUCAAGAUCGAGCAGUGGCGGCGGUAUUAUGACUACGGCAACCGGAGGAGGAGCCAGCCCAGGGCUGCCCAAUGCCAAUGGCGGCGGAAGCUGCAGUCCACCGUCGUCUGCUGGACAGACGACGCUACCAUCAGUGCCAGUGCCCCAUCCGGGUGACUUCCACCCGGCCUACAGGAUACCCGGCUACAUGGAACAUCUCUACUCGCUACAGCACGCGUCCGCCUCGCUGCACGGUCUUGGUCUCACCUCGGAGUACCUCAACGCUAGGAACGCCAUAGCCGACCUGCAUCCGGCGAGCUCCCUGGCCAGUGCGGACUUCCACUUCAGCAUCGAUGCCGCCAGUCGGCUCAACUCGCCUCGGCCCGGCAGCAUACGGGCCAGCGUCAGUCGGAAACGAGCUCUCUCCACGUCGCCAUACUCGGACUCGUUCGACAUCAGCUCGAUGAUCCGUUACUCGCCGAACUCGUUGGCCUCGCUGGUGAAUGCUUCGCGUAGUAGCAGUGCCAGUGGUUCGUACGGACACCUGUCGGCGAGUGCCCUUGCGCCGGCACUCGGCGUUCACGGUGGAAUGCCUCCGCACUUGCAGCACUUGCUGAGAAGUAGCGGAUUCCUGCACUCACUGCCCGGCCAUCAUCCUCCGACGGCCAGCAUGUUCUCACUGCCUCCCCACCAUCCACUGCACCCAGGGCAUUCGUUAACCAAACCACAGCAAAUCGCCGACCUGUCAAGCAAGAAGCCAGAGCAACCCAGUUCGACGAAUCAGGUGACUCGCGUCGAGGCGGAUAGUGCCAGUAAUGCCCAGCAGAAGAAGUCUCGUAUCAAGCGGGAACCUUCCUCUGCGAACGUCCCACUGCACAAGGGAAGCCCUCCGCAUGGCUCACCUAUGAUUACCUCCAACCAUCAACUGAGUCCUACAUCAACCCAAGGCAUGACCAACGGAACCAACAGCAUUUCAGCGGGAGCGACAUCUACGACGCACCACCUCCACAGCAGUCGCCACCAUCACCACAUGAAUGGGACCGGACCUUCCGGAGGUGGUGCCCACUCUGGCUUGAACCUAAGCCCGAUGCACAACAUGAUGGACGGAGGCUGCGGACUCGGUGGUUCCAAGGUAGACUCAACGGAUCCCAAGGACGAACCGGGAGAUUUCAUCGAGACUAACUGCCACUGGCGGGACUGCUCGCUGGAGUUCAACACCCAGGACGAGCUGGUCAAGCACAUCAACAACGAUCACAUCCACGCGAACAAGAAGUCGUUCGUGUGUCGAUGGGAAGACUGCUCCCGGGAAGAGAAACCGUUUAAGGCCCAGUACAUGCUGGUGGUGCACAUGAGGCGGCACACCGGCGAGAAGCCCCACAAGUGUACGUUUGAGGGUUGUUGCAAGGCGUACUCUCGUUUGGAAAAUCUGAAAACUCAUCUGAGGUCGCAUACGGGUGAGAAGCCGUAUACGUGCGAGUACCCGGGCUGCAGUAAAGCGUUCAGCAAUGCUUCCGAUAGGGCGAAGCACCAGAACCGAACUCAUAGCAAUGAGAAACCGUACGUCUGCAAAGCUCCAGGAUGUACCAAGCGUUACACCGAUCCGAGCUCUCUCAGGAAGCACGUCAAAACGGUCCACGGGGCUGAUUUCUACGCCAACAAGAAGCACAAGGGCAAUGGGCACCACCAUGGACACGGUGGAAGUGGCCAUGGCGGAGAUGGAGGAGAUGACGGAGAAGGCUCCAACCACAUGUUCGAUGGUAGCCCGAGAAGUGAGGACAUGCAGAGCGGUAAGACGACCAGCAUGAGCAGUCCUAGCAUCAAGUCGGAAUCGGACGUCCACUCGCCGGGACAACCACCGAUCAACAGCCCGAUGUCGAUUUCGGCAAUGACGGCUGGGCUGGUCGACGACUACGACGGAAGCAGCAUGCAACUGGGUAGUCUUGGAGCUAUCGACGAUCCUGCCUGGCCUUAUGUGGAUGAAGAUCUUGAGGUUGCCGACUUGCCGUACGUCCUACGGGAAAUGGUGGAUAUGGGUGGACCCACGGCAGCCACUGCUACAGCUGGAACCCGUAGUAGUAAUCCGAGGAAUCGUUUCAAGAGUCGCAUCAACAUCAAGGGAUCUCUGAUGAGCAAUCCGCUGUCCAACAUCCCCGAGAUGAACGCGCACAACCGAAACCUUAGUCUUGGUGAGCUGAAUCGAAGAAUCACCGAUCUCAAGGUGGAACCUGGAACAACUCCUCCACCGCAACCAUCGCCGAUCUCCAACAAAAACUGCCUAACGGACCUGGGUAAUUUGAGACCUCCAGGAUCAGGUCCGUCCUGUACCAAUACGAUGAUGACCAACGCGUACCUCAACCCGGGUCAAUUGCGCCGGGACAGCAACAAUAGUACGACCAGCAGCUCCUACUACAGCAUGCGGUCAGCGGACAUCAGCCGUCGAAGCAGUCAAGCUUCACAGCAGAGUUCCAUCUCCACGAUGCGUCCCAGCAGUUACUACAACUCGUCCUUCUACGACCCCAUCUCACCGGGAAGCUCCCGGCGGUCAAGUUCCAUGUCUACUGCCACUACCGGCGGUCAAAGCUUACCACCGCCUCCGUCCUCGCAUUUGAUCUCGACGCAUCUACAGCGAUUCAACACUCAGAGCUCGAUGGGUCAUAACCAUGGUCAUCCGGCAGCCGGAAGCUCACGACAUUCGAUACCGAAUAACAUGAGCGGAGGCAGUUACUACCACCAGCAGCAAAUGCUAGGUCAUAUGGAUAGAAGGAUGUCUGAACCGGUCACUGGAAAUCCGCACGCUGGUCAUUAUGGAGCAGCAUCGGGAAUGGGUGGACGGCCUAGCUCAACGGUCCCCAAGAGCAGUACGGUCACCUCCGGAGCUUCCAAUGCCCCUUCAGCGAAGAUUUCUUCACCUGCUGCCAACAAGCUUCACCCAAAUCAGGAAGUGGUUCUGGACGAAGUUGAAGAAGAUGAAAUGGUCGAAAACAAGCUGGUCAUUCCAGAUGAGAUGCUACAGUACUUGAACCAGGUAGCCGAUCAAGAGAGCAAGGUGACUGUUCAACAAGGAAUGUCUACGCCAAAUUCGGCAACUGCUCCAGCGGAUACUUGCGCCUGGAAUCCAAACGAAAAUUCCCCUUCGGGUUACUCGGGAGGAAUGUCCUCGCGACCCCAACCCCCCUCAACGGCUAGCUUCAGUCAACCGCAAUCGACACUGAAUAAAGUCCUGAUGAGCCCUCAGUCCCAGUACAGCAACGACGAUUGCAGCAUGAUGAGCAACGUGAUGUCCCCGCAGACUCCUCAAACCCAGAUGAUGUCACCGAUGAUGCCUUUUGAGAGUGCCGGUCCUCUUACCCCUUCCAACUACGGUCCUCAACCGCAACCACAACCUCAACGACCGACUCCUCCCGUCCAGUGCCAGGUUCAGAAUUUCAACAGUCAGAACUUCAACAACAACUUCUCCCAGAAUCAACCACCGCCACUUCGACAAAUAGCCUGCUCGAAUCUGAUCGGUUACUUCCAUCGAACGGACCAGAGUGCCCACCACUGUUGCCUGGCCAUGAUGAUGCAAGGUUCCCUCCACAUCAACCAACCUUCCGGAUCCUCUGCGCCCACUUCCAACCCCCCUCAACAGUACAAAAAUCCAUUCAGCUACAACACCCCCAACAACUUCCCACCCUGUCAGCAAACCCAGCAACCUGUCCAGCCCCAACAGCCUUCGAAUCAAGUGGACGUAGAAAUCCAGUGCGGAGACAUCAGUCAAUCGCAGCUGUCACCUCCGGUCGUAACUAAUCCUGCCAAUCCUUCCCCGUCGACCCCACCAUCCCAACCACAGCCCGCUCCGAAACCCAUGGAAAGUAGCUUACAAACCCCUCCUCUCCCCUCGACACCGACUGGAUUCGGUGAGUCACCAGCAGCCCCUCCGGCUCCAAUCCCAACCGUCGCUCCACCAGCAGCGCCCGCGGCGGCGGCGGCGUCCGGCACCAUGGGUUCGGACACCUACCAGCGUACGCUCGAGUACGUCCAGAACUGUCAGAACUGGGUCGAGUCCGCGGCGGACAUGGUCAGCAGCAGUACCCACCCGACGACGGGUGCAGCGGCCACCGGAACCACGAACCCCACCACGGUUCCCCCAGUGCCGGUGGUGCCCUCCCCCUCCUCCAACCUGGUGAUCAACGACAUGGACACCUCGCUCAACUCGUACUUGAAGGAGGAUCGCUACCUGCAGAUGAUUCAGUGAGAAGUGUUUCCGAAGCGACUUCGACAAUUAGAUAAAUUCUGUUUCGUUCUUCCACAGGCUCUCAUUGAUUGAGGCAAACUAUUUUUUUUUUCUGUUUUGAACCGUGUAAGGUCGAAUUAAGUUGUUUUCUGUGCAGUACCUAACUAUCAUUAGCAUCGAUAGUUUUCCUAGUGUAUUUUUCCAUGUUGAUAACAAUAAAUUAAAUAUGAUUUACGUUAACCCACCCCAUGCGUCCUUCAAAACUUUUGAAAAUUUGUAUUGAAGGGAUACAAAAGCUGGCUUUUUCUGAAAAUCAAACUGCUAAAUUUUAUUAUUUUUAUUUGUUUCUACAAGAAAAAUGAAACUUGCAUCGGCCUUAUUCACGUAAAUUUUGACUUAAAUUUAAUACUGCACUCAACAAGUGUAAUGCUCUCUGUUAUCGAGUAUGUAAUGUUUAAUGUGCAACCCCAACAUGUAAUACUGAAUGCGGUCUGUAAUGCUAGUGCGUGAUUAUUAUACAAAAAAAAAACGCAAAACGACCUUACACGGAUUCGAAAAAUAGGUUUUUGUUUUUCUUUUUAAUUACUCAGCCUAGGUUAGCUUUAAGUGUUUUGGUUAUAAGUGAAAGUUUCUUCUCAGUGAUCGCAAGCCGUAUAUAUUUUAGAAUUUUUUAACAAAAAAAAAGCGUGGAAUGAACAUAACGAUUUCACUCAGUGUGCAUGUGUAGAAAAUUAUUCGUAUUAUAAAUAAAUCCGUUCGAUAAUGUGCGCAUUUCCUAGCCAUGUAAGAUUCAGAGUUUUGAGACAACGAUGAGAACAAAGACGAUAGAUUUCCUGUAGUUUUUCUUUGUGUUUAUACAUUUUUUGAGGGUUUUAUUUCAGAUGAUAAGAUAGUAAAACACUUAAUGCAAAUAAGUGUGUCAUUUACUUAAUAAAGACGGUAGGUGACUGUAAUUAUACAUAUAACUAGAUGAAAUAUAUUUCAAAAACUAAUGUACGAAA